UGAUUGAUAUUGGCCAGACAGGACCAUGCUCAACUUGUCGCUCAGCUUGUCUUUCAGGCACGGCUGCAGUGCAGCUUGACUUGGCUGCCCUGCCACUUGUCAUUCAUCUCAUCUAUCACUGCUGUCACAGUGAUAGUACACGCACUUGCAGAUCAGAUCCCUCCGCCCGUCGAAUGCAUUCAUCACACCCUCGUAGCACCUGCACACACAUGCGACACACAUGGGCAAGCACCCACUCCAUGUGCAUAUGGCUACCUUUGAGCAUUGGUCGGUGUCUGGUGACGCGGCCGCUCAUCUUUUUCUGGCCCACCAGCACAUUCGGGACGUACCCGCUCGCCCUGAAGACACCAACACACAGACAGAACAGACACCCAGCGCCAUGUCGCCUGCGAGUGUGAGGCAUACGCACAUGUAUGAGAAGAGAGGCUCGGCGGCACCGCUCUUGGCGUCGAAGAGUGCUGCGUAUUUGGACUUUGUCUGCUGCAGCUGUGUGGCCAUGUCAGGGUCAUCUUGCUCAUCGACAGGCUGCCACUGAUUCUGCAGCACGAUCCCGCCAGGCUUGAGAGAGCGCUCAACCUAACACAACAGACAUUGGAUGGACGACGACAUGAUGUCUUCUCUAUUGAGCUUCUUCCGUCCCACCAGGCCGAGGAACUCCGUGUCUCUGCAUUGUUCUGGCACAUGGUUGUCCUGCUUGAAGCAGUCCACGAUUACAGCAUCGUACACCUGUACGUGUAGCAAGAGACACAGGAAACUUUCGUCCAUCCAUUCGUCCAUCCAUCCAUCUGUCCCUGCCUGGUUGUUUGUGUCUCUGAGGGCGUCGACGCCUGUCUUGACAUAGAUGGUGCCGCCGGGCGACGGCUUCAGGCCAAAAAAGUGCUUCGCCACCGACACAACCCCUGCACAACCGACACACGGGAACACACGUAUGGCGGGAGCCGGGAGAGGGAUUUACUCUCGUCUGGUUCGACAGCAUCGACUGUGAGGGAUUUGCCGGCACAAUCGAUGCCAGACAGCGACGAGUACAGCGCUGCAUGCCAUGCCACACACACCAAGACAGGGAUGCGGAUAUAUAUGCAAUCAAUGUCUCCCUCUUUCUCGCUCACCUCCACCGCCCAGUCCGAUCACCAUGACUCGUGGCUCGCCGUCCUUCGGUGUUCGUGUGUUGCAGUGUCCUCUCACGACUUCAUACAUGCGCUGGUACAGCAAGUUGGGCGGCGGCGAGUCGGCAGCUGCACCACACACAUAGACAGAGACAUAAAGAGGCCGCACUCACUCUGUGCGAUGCCAUGUGUGCUUACGGAUUGUGCAUUGGCAUUCUUUGGCACAUCCGUUCUUUGGCACAU